CGGCCGGAGCUGCUGAGAGGACGCAUAGCUCACAUCCGGGGCUGCUCUAUUCUGACAACGAAACGUCCUACCCGGAAAAAAAAAAAAGACGAGCCCUGUGUAAUCCGACCACACAAACAAAACAGGCGAGGCUGUGACAGUGCCACACGAGCCGGCUUUGUUUUUGAAUUUCCGCUGUGCGUGGAGGUCGUGAAGGAAACAACUCGAGUGGACCAUGCGCGUGUUCAGCAAACUCCUGCCCAGCGAACAAGUCUCCUCUCUGCGCGUCGGAGCCGUGCGGGGCGCUGGCUGUGGCGCACACUGACUCCUGCAGCUCCGCGGUGAUAUGUGAUAGCAGCAGCAACAGCAGCAGCAGCAGCAGCAGCAUCAUGCCGUACGUGGACCGGCUGAACCGUGUGUGUGGUUUCCUGGACAUCGAGGAGAAGGAGAACAGCUGCCGCUUCCAGAGACGAUACUUCAUCCUCGACACGCAGGGAAAUGCUCUGCUGUGGUAUAUGGACAAUCCUCAGAACCUGCCGAGCGGAGCCAGCUUUGUCGGCAGCCUGAAGCUAACCUACAUCUCUAAGGUGAAUGAAGCCACGGCGAAGCAAAAGCCCAAGACAGAGUUCUGCUUUGUCAUUAAUGCAGUCUCGCGGCGUUACUUCCUCCAAGGAAACGAUGUGACUGACAUGAGGGACUGGGUGGCUGCUCUCAACAAGGCCAGCAAGAUCACUGUUCCUAAAUCUGGCCCUGCACCUCCGAGGUCCGAUGUGACGACAGUGAUCGGCGACACUCAGGGAGGGAAGAGGCAGCAGGCCUACAAGACUGAGAUCAUCGGGGGGGUGGUGGUGCACACUCCCAUCCAGAAUGAGAGUGAGGAGACGGAAGGCAGAGAGAGGAAGGGCAGCAGGCUGGGCGUGCUGAGAUGUGGUUACUGUGUGAAACAGGGAAAUGUGCGAAAGAGCUGGAAGAGGCGUUUUUUCACCCUGGAUGACAUCACAGUCAGUUACUUCAAGUCUGAAGUUGAUAAGGAGCCUCUCCGGGCCAUUCCACUCAGGGACAUCCAGAGGGUCCACGAAUGUCUCGUCAAGUCCGGGGAUCUCCUGCUGAGAGACAACCUGUUUGAAAUCAUCACCAGCACCAGAACCUUCUACAUUCAGACAGACUCUCCAGAUGAGAUGCACAGUUGGAUCAGGGACAUCGAGUUGAAGAUUCAGGAGUUCAGAGGUCCCCCGAAGGGUUUUUCAUUCAAACGUGCCUCUUCUCUGUACCGGAGUCACAACUCCUCUGCGUCUCGUGGUCAUCCGAGUGAUUUGGUCAGACCCUCCCUGGUCAAGUCCUGCUCUGUGGCGCCGGGCUGGCAGCCUUGGACCCCUGUCCCGCCCUGUGAGCCCUCCAUCAUGGACGCAGAGGACGAGGACAGCCCUUUCAUCUCCCUCCCAAACUUGCCCUCUCUCUCCUCCUCCUCCACCUCUUCUUCCACCUCCUCCUCCUCCAACUCCCUCUCUACCCCUUGCCCCAGCGCGAACCCCGGGCCUGCCGCCGGCGGACUGGGGAUCCUCGCGGCGUCAGGAGACGCGGCGAGCGAGCGCCGGAGGCACCGCUCUCAGCCUCAGCCUCACACCGGCUGCAGCUUCCCCUUCAGCCUCGAUGACGACGGCAUCCGCACCACAGACGUCUAGUUCCCUGGGGUCUCAUGUGUGGACCCGAGCGUUGGCACCUGUUUUGAAAUGAAUGUGACUGUUAAUAAUAGUAUUCCCUGCUAAUGAAGUGACACUGUGACUGAGAUUGGGGGCCCCCUGCUGGUCUCGUAGGUGCUUUGCAGAUGAAGGAUCACCCAGCAGACCAGCGGCACAGUGUUGGUGGAUCACAGGACUGUGAAAAGGUACGAUGGAGUGGUUUUAGUGCAACGUCCUCUCAAAACUUGAAUAGUCUUGUUAGUUGUUCUUACAUACUUUAACAUUUUGGCACAUGCACAAAAGAAGGUACAUUUUGUCACCCCCUCACUAGACGUAUUCACAUAUAAGUGGAUAAAUAUUAGUGUCCUCGUGUUUAAUAUUCAUACUUAAUUUCACAAAAUACCCAAAUUCAUUUAGUUUUCCAGUUGGGCUGAGCAGUGCAUCCCCUUGUUCCUCCAGACACAAAAUGGGGUUAAUAGACCUCACCUCAAACGUACUUCCAUUAAUGAUUAACAAGCAUUUAUUAGUACAAUCUAAUCAGGUGUCUGGGGGAAAGUAUCGUGUCUCAUAUAAAAAAAACGGUAUGUGCACUCACAUGCCAACUGACUCUAGUGCUUUCAUCUGCACAGGCAGAGACGAAGGAGUCCGCAGCAGCUUUUAUGUGUUUGCACUAUGUUUUAGAUAAUCUUUUUAAUAGGUGGCUUAAAGAUCAACCGUCAGUAAACUGUGACUCGUCUCUUUGUGUUUAACGUGGUACCGUAACAACACAGCCGUGUGUCAGUGGUACUCGUCGUAGAAUGUACUUCCACUAUCAAAGUACAGCUGAUCAGCUGGUUGUCAGCCUUGUAAAUGUUCUUUUUUUUUUUUACUGCAGCAUUACAUGGGAAAAUGUGCCACUACUUUUGGUAAUUUAAUUGAUAUUCCGCACUUUUCUUUUUCUCAUUUUUACUUGUUUUUUUAAUUCCUUUUUUGACACAGCUUUUCACAGCAGAUUUAUCAGCUUCCUCUGAGAUGAUGCCUCAGAUGUUUUGUGUUGUUACAUAUUCAGCCUCAAACACUCACAGGUUCACCCCAAGACUUAAUCCAUGUGGUUCCAUGUUCCACGCCUGUUUCUGUUUUCUGAAGCUGUGUGCACUUGUCUGCCUGCGUACAUUGUUAAUUCUCCAACAUGUACAUUAAAUGAUGCUUUUUAA